AUGGAUUUUGAGGACUACUUUCCAUCCAUGGUUGCGAGUUUAGGAGCAGAAGGUUUUAUAGGUGAACUUUACAACGGGUUUCAUUUGCUUAUGGAUGCCAACAAGGGUCUUAUAACAUUUGAGAGUUUGAAGAUGAAUUGUUUCAUGCUUGGCUUGGAGGUGAGGGACGAAGAGCUCGUGUACAUGCUAAUGGAAGGUGAUUUGGAUGGAGAUGGUGCUUUAAAUCAAAUGGAGUUUUGCAUUCUCAUGUUUAGGUUGAGUCCAUGUUUAAUGGAUGGACCUAAAAUAUACACUACUCAUCAAGGUGUGGAUCCAAUGUUAAUGUGA